AUGCAUUCUGGAGAAGACACUGACCUCGAUGAUAUCCCUCUUGACUCAGUCACUGCUCCUGGCACCAACGUGCCCAGCGAUGGAAUGCCGGCUGCCCCUAAUGACCCAGCUAUGAACAGCUUGCAGGGAGGGGGUGAGGAGAAGCCAGAUCAGUGUGGCUGGCUUUGCUUCUUGAAGGACACCUUAGGAGUGUCUGGAGGAAUGUCCAGAGGGGGUUCUGGCAGGGCAUCAAGGUUGAGGGUGGCAGAGGAUGAGGAGGCCAGGAUUGGCCUCAUCAUGGGUACCAAGGCCACCAUGAGUGUCACCAGCUGUCAGACCAAUGUUGUGGACUUUGAUGCCAAAACAUAUGCCCACCUGCAUCACAUCUAUGGGAGAACCUAUGGCUAUGUGAAGACAAAUGCAAGCCUCCAGUGUAUCAGCUGGUGUGGCUGUGGCACAAUGCUGAUGGUCAAGCACAUGGUUCAAGAUGUCGGCUACUGUAUGGAGGUCUGCACUUCCUCCUGCAUCUCAUGUGUGGACAUGAUCAGAUCUGGUGGUUGUGUGGAGUGCUGCUGUGGCCUUCUGGCCAUCUUUCUCAUCUUUGCUCUCAUUGGCAGUGCUCUUGUCAGUAUCAUGUACAGUGUUGUCCAGAUCUACACCAAGAAUGUGGGGACUGCUCAGGCUGCAGUUGGUAUGGUGACCUCAGUGGUGGCAGUUGGCACUGCCGCUCUCAAGCUCUAG